CUGAUUGCUCUAUCUAGCUGCACUGAGCAGGCCCUCUGGGCAGGGCAGUCUCUUAGAAGUGGAACGGUGGAACAACAAGCCUAAAUGUCAGACGGAGACAAGAAUGGCCGAGACAAUCAUGAAGAGGCCCUUGUCCCAGUCGAGGUGUGGCAAGAGCUGGAAAGGGCUGAAUGUUUGGCACGGGGUGCUGCGCUGAAAUGGGCUUCAGGUGUCUUUUGUCGUCCAGAGCAUCUGGAGAAACUUGGGCAGUACAAGAAAAGAGAGAGUCAGCGAACUGCAUCAAUUCAGUCAAGGUUAAAGUCAGUUGUACAGUCCUACCUGGAGGGUGUUGACUGGGGUCUUGGUCAAUUGCGAGAGGCACGAGCUGAGCUAAGAGGUGUGUCACAUGACUUGUACAAGGCAAACUUGGAGUCCAGGAAAAAUUCUGAAGAAGUAACUACACUGGAAACACUUCGGGAGAUUUCUGUCAGUCACUGUCAGCUUCUUGCUGCAGUAAGCAACCUGCCUCGACUCUACAAAGUACGGAGUAUGGUGCUAGAGACAGAAAGGCUAGUGGAGUCUCGGAGACUAUUGGAAGCUCAUGCUCGGCUAAUGGAACUAGAGCGCUGGCAGGAUGAGGUACUGCUACAGCUCCAGGGACCCAGGGGAUCAUCCGGAACAGAGUUGAACUCUGAGGAUGAGGAGUUGGUGCGGAAUUAUUUUUCAGGAGUUGGACGGUUGGUAGAUGCCCUUGCCAAGGAGCUCUGGGCAGUGGUGGGUAGCGGGUUGUCACUUGCUCAUCAGAACCCAACACCUUUUGUCUCAGCUGUACGAAUAGUGGAACGUGAAGAAGCACUAGAUCAGUUCUUUCUAGAGGAGCGAAGGUCAACUUCCGGACACAACAUACCCAUGCCAGCAGGAAGACCACGUAAUUGGAGAGACCGAUUCUUUAAGGUGAUGGAAGAGGCAGUGUCAGCACGCUUCCGUAGUGUGUCCUACUUGCACACUCGAGGACCAGGACUUGCAAGUCAUUUGUCUGCACUGCAGCACUGCAUUAUGGGAGAUCUCUCAACAGUGCGGCAUUGUUUGGAACAAUGUGUUCCAGCUCACUACCAUUUAACUAGAGCUUACUUGCACUUCUGCCACCAGUUUCUGCAAACCCAUCUUGGACUGGUUAGUGGAUGGGAGUUAGAGGGUGGGGAAAUCUUUGCUGUUCUUAACUGGGUUUUGCACAUAUACAACAGCUCAGAGAUGAUGGGUGAGCCAGCCCUUUUAGCUGAACUAGAAAUUGAGAACCUGGGUCCUCUCAUAUCUCAGGAAGGUCUUGAGCAGCUGCAAAACAAAUAUGUCCAAAAAGUUCGGAAGAGCGUCUCGGAGUGGAUGCAAAAGGCUCUAGAAGUGGAGCUAACAGACUGGCAGAGGGAUCAGGAACCAGAUAUUGACCAUGAGGGCUACUACCACACUAGCCUUCCAACUAUCAUCACUCAGAUGCUAGAAGAGAAUGCACGAGUGGCCUUGAUGAUAAGUGAAGCUCUGCGGGACCAGACAAUCCAAAUGGGUCUUUAUGAGAUGGAGAAGCUCCUCAGUCGAUUUCGAGACGCAGUCAUAGAAUUUGGUAAGGAGCAUCGCAAGGAUCCAACUGUUAACAAGUUCUACCUCCAUUACCUCCUGGCCUGCAUCAACAACUGCAUCAUUCUCAAAACCUCUACAGAAAGUCUGCAGCAGCAGAUUUGCUCCUUCGUUUCAAACCGGUAUUCACGUAUCCCACUUGGACCUCUGGCUGCCCUGGACCGUGCUGUAAGAAAGGCAUGUCGUUUAGUUAUGGAUCAUCUCUUGUUUGAGUUGCAACCACAUCUACAAGAGCUCCUCUCUAGUACCUGGCUGGACCAGGGAGAUGUGACCCUAAAUAUGUGUGGGGUUCUAGAACGUCACUGUGAACUUUACAACAGAGUGCGACAACCUUGUCGCCAGAGGUUAAAGGAGGAAUGCCAGUGGCUAACUGUUGUUGAGUAUGUCCGAGCAGUGAUGCAGAAGAGAUUGGUCUGCAGAAGUAGCGAUGAGCAAAAGCAGCUGGCCCAGCGAAUGACACAGGAUGCCCAACAGCUCAGGGACCACCUUCAGAGCAUGGAGAUUGAUGGGACCAUUGGCGAGGUGAAUCCCACGGCUUUGAUAGCUGCACUGGCUGACAUAAUCAAUUUGAAAGACCCAGGCAUGCUACUACUAGAGAUUUCUGGAUUAUUAUCCAAGUACCCUGAUAUAAGUGAGGAGCAUGUCUCUGUGCUGUUGGAUAUAAGAGGUGACGUACCUAAAGAAGUGCGGAAGUCUGUAUUAGAUUUUCUGGAUCAGAGCGCACCACCUUUACCACCAGGAUACAGGCCUAUAUUCACAGAAAUCCUGGUGCCCUCUUCUAGCAUUCCAUUUUGUCUGCCUACUGCAAAGUGCACUUGAGAAACCAACUACGUGAACUGUAUCCGGCCAUAUGGACAGGAACUUCAUUAUUAAUUCAACUCUAUCCAUUAGGACUAGCCUAUCGGUUUCUGUGCUGUCUUGCCUGCUCAGUGCCAUUAUGAUGAUAAAUUAUACUACAUUAUGAUCUUGCAAAUGCUUUCCUACAAAACAAUUGGUAUAAUAAUUUGACAACACAGAUACAAGAAUGCAGGGAAACUGGCUCAUUGGAUUUAUAAUCACUUUUUGAAUGUAUAUUUUAGUCAAUCUGACCAAACAGCAUCCCUGUAAACGUGUAUAUUGUGGUUCACUUUGUGUAUAUUGUGGUUGUCAGUUAAUAAAGUAAUGCAUUUUUAAACUC